AUGUUAUAUUCUAUACCACAGCAAAUUAAAGUAACAGAAUAUGCUAUGCUUAUAAUAGGAAUAAUCUGCAUAAAUAUUAGACUAGUACAGACGUCUAUGGAGCUGGUAAAUACAUCUACACUAGCUUCUGCACACGCCCCUCAAGACCAUAUACAUAAAGGGAUAAUUAGCACUAUACACGGCAUGGAUUCAACUGUAGGUGAAAGAGAAGAUUCUAUUAGAUAUGCAAAUAAUAUGUUAGAAGCAUCAAUACAAAAAUAUGGUAAAAAUACAGCAACUAAUAGUAGUACUGAACAACCAAAAAGAAAUUUGAAAAAAAUCCGGCAAACACGAAACGCCAAAUCUGAGCAUAGAUACAUUAUAUACAAGUUUAAUUCAAAUUUUAAAGCCAUUACAGGAAUGCAAUUAAAUGAUUAUUUGCAAUACCAUUGGCUAGAAACUAAUAAUUACUAUUCGAUUAGUAGCUAUCAAACUAUAGUAGAUUCAAAUUACUUUGAAGAAUUGGUACAAGACUUUGUUGUUGUGUAUUACAUGGGAAAUAACCCGAAUAUGCACACUGAAUCUGUUAAUAUAACCCGAAAUAAUGACAAAAUUAUAAAUGUACCUAUUCUUAGCGCAAGAGUGCGUGAUUACUAUCCAUUUGUAAAAGAAGACUUCAAAAACAUGAUCAAAACACACUUUAAAUUAAAAUUCGCAAGUCAAAAAAUAGAUUUGUUUCAAAAGUAUGAUAUAAGUGAAGAGCAAGUGGCUGCCAUGUUUUUAGAUAUGAAUAAACCCCCAGCAAUGUACAAAAAGCAAGACUUUGGGGAUAUUGCAAGAUUUAACAGCUCUAAAGACUUCAUAAAUAAAAUAGUUGACUACUCUACACCAAAAACAACUAAAGAAACGCUGAGUCGUCUUAAGAACAUAAUAGACACAUCCCAAGUAAAAUUAACUAUGUUUAUUGGAGGAAUGUUUAAUGAAAUAGAAAAAUUUGGUAUGGCUUUGCCUAAAUUCAAUGUAAACAAAGAAUAUCUAGAUAUUGUUUCUGCAGACAUGCCCCUUUUACUCGAUUUGAAAAAUAGCAGUGAAAUUACUACCAAAUUAACAAUAAGCCACCUUAAAAAUAUAUGGAAGUUUACAAAUAAGUGCUUUAUAUAUCAACUGUUUGGCGUCUUUAAAUUUAUUGAACAUCUUUCAAAUAUAGAAACACCGUAUGGUUUAAAAUAUUUAAAGGGUUAUUUGCAUAGCUAUAAAGAUGAGCAUAUAAAUGAGGGAAAAGAGUAUUUUAACAAAAUAUACACUAUAAUUGAAAAUGCAAAAAGUAGAGUUUCCAAUGUUGACGUAUCCAAUGAUAAUACAUAUGAGAUCAAUGAUGAAUUUGAAGAAAUAUGGUAUUUAGUAAAAAGCGCAAUGAAUUUACUAAAUUUUGCUACAAUGAGCUUUAAAGACAAGCUAGGGGACUUACGUGGGUACGCUGUGCUAACUAAUAAUAUAGGUCUAUCUAAUCCGUUGCAGAAUGCGAACAAUGACUUCUACAAUGCAGCAGAUAGCGAUAUAGAAAGCUAUGUAGAAUAUAUAUGGAAAAUAACCAAGUAUGCAGUUGAACAUAUAGGACUAACAGAUGAAGAAAGGGGAUUAGAUGAAAUGUCAUACUACAUGGCUUUGAUAAAAGAGCUGGCUCUCUCUUCUCCAAUGCAUCACAUGCCUUCUACCACUACAGAUUAUAUAUUACCUACCACCACAGAAAAGAUACCACUUCCUCCUACCACUACUAUAAAAAAAGCAACACUUACUCCUACUUACAUCAGCAAAGCAGGCCAAAUCACAUUUAACAUGCUUCUAGCUGUCUCUGCCGCGGGCGCCUAUGCCCUUCAAAAGAUCUUCUUUCUUAGAUAGUUAACUUUCUACACUGAGAAAUACCCUCUUUACCAGAAUAAAACUAUUAAUUAAAAACCUAU